UAAGUAUCAAAAUAUCUGAGUACAAUGUCCAGCCCAUACAGGGACCUCCGACAUGGUAACGCCCACGCCCGUGGUCAUCUUUAUAUUUCAGUCCCACCCAGUCCCCUCACCCAGCCGCCCAAUGCCUUGUGUGGAGUACAUGUUCACGAGAAGCUCAAUGAAAGCUCCAGGCCCUGAGGGACAAAAAAAGGGAUCUUCGGGUCAUUUUAAUGACCGAUAAUUAAUGGGGUGAGUGAAACAUAGUUCAUGCGUUGAGGAAAGCAGGGCUCGCUGUCAGAGAGGCAGCAGGUCUUAACUGUGGAAUCUGGCAUUUUAGACCUUGCUGCUUUUUGCCCUGAUGCCCCACAGGGCCCUUUGGGGCUUUGUCAUCCGACUUAGACGCGCAGAGGACGCAGCAUCUGCCUCAGGCUUCAGGCCUUUGAGAAUUGUGGCCGUCUUUUCUCCUGACAAAACUCACUCCAGCCUGGGCCAUCGGUGUGGUGAGGUCCCCAUGGGACUGACACCACCUGGAUUUGGAGAUCAUUCAGGGACUCCACCAGGCCUGUAGGGUUUCUAGGGCUGCACACCCCGAGACGCGGAAAUCUGCUCUCAUGGAAACUUCAGUCUGCAACCGGGGCGGGGACAGAAGCCCCUUACGUAGGUCCUCAGUGGAAAUGGAGGACUGUUUCUUUCUACAGUGUGGCUCAAGGAAGGCUUCCCUCAAGUAGAUGAGCAUCCGUGUUUGCCCCAUCCACGCUGUUUGUCUGACCCUGAGGGCCUUAGGAGAACCUUCUCCUGUUACCCCGGAGCCGGAGGCCACUGCUCCCAAAAGUUUAAACAGCCCCUUUUUGUUCUCUGUUGUCUGUGCCAGUGUCGGUCCGUAAGGAGUCUGCUUUCUUCACACCCUGACAAGGUACAGCAUUUAAGAGCUGCCUCGAUGUCUUAUUUGUGUACGUAAGAGAAAAUAAAGAGCCCUCGUUGCUUAAGCUUUACGUAAGGAAGUGUAGAAACCCUUCGUUUAGCCCAAGACGGUAUUUUUGCUCUCUGAAUAAUAAGCAUGCCUAACUCCUAGAACUAUGUGCAUUAUUCACUUGUAGCCCUCCUAAUUCAUAUCCCAUUCAAGUCCUGGCUAUUUCGGAAACCAGUAUUCUGUUCUAGACAAGAGAAAUCAGGUUAUUGUUGGCUUGUUUUUGUUUUUGUUUUCUAUGACUCAAAACUCCUAUGGGCUGUGGCCGGAUAAUAUUUUUAUCUCUGUCACCCCUGAGCUGAUAUAAUGGAAAGUUUGCAAGACGCUAAUCUAAGGAAAUGUGAGAUGUACCACCGGAGAGUUUUGUCUGUUCGUUUAUCCAAGUAUUGACCCUACGAUGUGCCAGUUGCUGUUCAGACACAGAGGAAACAGCAAAGCACACAGAGAACCUCCCUGCUCGCAUGGAACUUGCAACUUCGCAGAGGAGAAAGCCCAUAAGACACACAAACCUGAGUUACAACAGACUUUCUGAGAUUGAUCCUGCGGGCUUUGAGGACUUGCCGAAUCUACAGGAAGUGUACCUCAAUAACAAUGAGCUGACAGUGAUACCGUCCCUGGGUACUGCUUCAUCCCACGUCGUCUCUCUCUUUCUGCAACACAAUAAGAUUCGCAGCGUGGAGGGGAGUCAGCUGAAGGCUUACCUUUCCUUGGAAGUGCUGGACCUGAGCUCGAACAACAUCACGGAGAUCCGGAGCGCCUGCUUUCCGCAGGGGCUGCACAUCAGGGAGCUCAACCUGGCAAGCAAUCGCAUUGGCAGCCUGGAGUCAGGAGCAUUUGAUGGCCUGUCCCGGUCGCUGGUAAUGCUUCGCUUGAGCAAAAACAGGAUCACCCAGCUUCCUGUGAAAGCAUUCAAGUUACCCAGGCUGACGCAGCUGGACCUCAACAGGAACCGGAUCCGGCUCAUCGAGGGCCUGACGUUCCAGGGGCUCGAGAGUUUGGAGGUGCUGAAGCUGCAGCGAAACAACAUCAGCAAGCUCACUGACGGGGCCUUCUGGGGCCUGUCCAGGAUACACGUGCUGCACCUGGAGUCCAACAGCCUGGUGGAGGUGAACAGCGGCUCGCUCUACGGCCUGUCGGCCCUGCAGCAGCUCCACCUGAGCGGCAACUCCAUCGCCCGAAUCAGCCGUGACGGCUGGAGCUUCUGCCAGAGGCUGCAGGAGUUGGUUUUGUCCUUCAAUAAUCUCACCCGGCUGGACGAGGAGAGCCUGGCAGACCUGAGUAGCUUGAGCAUCCUGCGCCUCAGCCACAACUCCAUCAGCCACAUUGCAGAAGGCGCCUUCAAGGGACUCAAAAACUUGCGUGUCUUGGAUCUGGACCAUAACGAGAUUUCGGGCACAAUAGAGGACACGAGUGGCGCCUUUACCGGGCUUGACAGUCUCAGCAAGCUAACUCUGUUUGGAAACAAGAUCAAGUCCGUGGCUAAGAGAGCCUUCUCGGGGCUGGAGGGCCUGGAGCACCUGAACCUCGGAGAGAAUGCAGUCAGAUCUGUCCAGUCUGAUGCCUUUGUGAAAAUGAAGAAUCUCAAAGAGCUCCACAUCAGCAGUGAUAGCUUCCUGUGCGACUGCCAGCUGAAGUGGCUGCCCCCGUGGUUACUGGGCCGGAUGCUGCAGCCCUUCGUGACAGCCACCUGUGCCCACCCGGAAUCCCUGAAGGGCCAGAGCAUUUUCUCUGUGCCGCCCGAGAGUUUCGUGUGUGACGACCUACCGAAGCCACAGAUCAUCACCCAGCCAGAGCCCACCAUGGCCGUGGUCGGCAAGGACAUCCGCUUCACGUGCUCGGCAGCCAGCAGCAGCAGCUCCCCGAUGACCUUUGCCUGGAAGAAGGACAACGAGGUCCUGGCCAAUGCCGACAUGGAGAACUUUGCCCACGUGCGCGCGCAGGAUGGGGUGGUGAUGGAGUACACCACCAUCCUGCACCUGCGCCGUGUCACUUUCGGGCACGAGGGCCGCUAUCAGUGUGUCAUCACCAACCACUUCGGCUCCACCUACUCACACAAGGCCAGGCUCGUAGUGAAUGUGUUGCCAUCAUUCACCAAAAUACCCCACGACAUCGCCAUCCGGACGGGCACGAUGGCCCGCCUUGAGUGUGCUGCCACCGGCCACCCCAACCCCCAGAUCGCUUGGCAGAAGGACGGAGGCACAGAUUUCCCCGCUGCUCGCGAACGACGCAUGCACGUCAUGCCCGAUGACGACGUGUUUUUCAUCACGGACGUGAAAAUAGAUGACAUGGGGGUUUACAGCUGCACCGCCCAGAACUCGGCCGGCACCGUUUCAGCCAAUGCCACUCUGACAGUCUUAGAAACCCCGUCCUUGGUGGUGCCUCUGGAAGACCGUGUGGUGUCCAUGGGAGAAACGGUGGCUCUCCAGUGCAAGGCGACCGGGAGCCCUGCGCCCCGCAUCACCUGGUUCAAGGGGAACCGCCCUCUGAGCCUCACCGAACGCCACCACUUCACCCCCGGCAACCAGCUGCUGGUGGUUCAGAACGUGGUGGUGGAGGACGCGGGCCAGUACACCUGCGAGAUGUCCAAUGCCCUGGGCACGGAGCGCGCCCACAGCCAGCUGAGCAUCUUGCCCACUCCUGGCUGCAGGAAGGAUGGGACCACCGUGGGCAUCUUCACCAUCGCUGUGGUGUGCAGUAUUGUCCUGACGUCCCUGGUCUGGGUGUGCAUCAUCUACCAGACCAGGAAGAAGAGUGAGGAAUACAGUGUCACCAACACAGAUGAAACCAUUGUGCCACCAGAUGUUCCAAGCUACCUGUCUUCUCAGGGGACUCUUUCUGACCGACAGGAAACUGUGAUCAGGACUGAGGGUGGCCAUCAGGCCAAUGGGCACAUCGAGAGCAACGGUGUCUGUCCAAGAGACACAAGCCUCUUUUCAGAGGUGGACACUCAUGGCAUGACGUGCAGGCAGCCGAAGCCCUGUGCUGGUUAUCACAAGGAGCCCUGGGCCGUGACCGAGAAAGCCCAGCGGAGACCUGGCCCACAGAAGAUGGAGCACAGCGGCCCGGUUGUGUGCGGUGACUACACCACUGACCCGGACAGCAGUUGCAAAGAACAAGCGUCCCGUCCUCCGCCUGUGCCCAGAGACCAUACACAGGCAGGUACGCUAAGCGGCCCGGAGCCCAGUCAGAGUGACCGAGAACAUUCUCUGCACCAUCUGACCGGUGGGACUGUUGACGGGUCCCGUGCCGACUGCAGGGGGUCCCUCUACCCCAGUAACCACGACAGAAUGCCAGCCUCCUUGAAGAAAAAGCCCACAGCACCUCUGGAUGGAAAAGGGGCGUCUUCUUGGACUUUAGCAAGGUUGUGUGAGUCAGACUCCGUGGACCUCCAGCCUCCCUUGACAUUAACUCCAGGCAGUCCUGAGCUCACAGAAGCCUCCUCGGGCUGUCCCGACAUCCCCGGCGAAGGCCAGCACUUGCUUCUUUACAAUGGACACCUCCCCAAAGCAUGUGACUCCAGUCCCGAGUACCCACCACUGACAGGACAGCCACCCGGGAAACGGGGCGUGCCCCUGCUCUUUGCACCGAAAAUCUAGGCUUUGUCUACCUCAGCUCUUGUGUCCGUCUCUACAGGAAAGAGGUAGGAGAGGCUGUGAGGAAGCUUGGGUUCAAGCGUCACUGAUGUGUACAUAGGUUUUAAACUUCCAUGUGGAGUAUCCGUAGUGUAAAGGACUUGCAGCCACAGCACAGAACUGCCAGAGGCUGUUGUGUACAAAACAGAAAAGUAUUUGAUACCAUUGUACAUAAGAGUUUUCAGAGAUUUCAUAUAUAUUAUAUAUCUUUUGCAGAGGCUAUUUUAAUCUUUAGUGCAUGGUUAACAAAGAAAUCAUACAAUUUUGACAAUAUUAUUUUUCCUAUCAGGUUGCUGUUUAAUUUGGGGAGGGGGGAUGGUUCUGGUGCCUUAAUGCAUGGAUGGAAUUUCUAGAAGCUAAAAACCACAUUUGCUCCCAGGAGUUUCUGGUGGGUGGGAAGGAUGGAAAGUCCUUGGAUUCGUAUUGCACUUCACAGGACAGACCCCCUAGCCUGCUUUCCCACCACAGCCGUCGUCUGCGUGGGAAUGAACUUCCUGUCAGUAUUGCUCCUGUGUGGAGGCUGUUGGAGCUCACCCCCCCCCCUGCAGAGUCCCGAGACGCCCGCGUCACGUACCUUUGCCAUAUGUGACUUUUUUCUUGUAAGUUCCUCGCCAAGCAGAAGGGGGGUGAACCCACCACAAGCGUUUGUUCCGAACUGAGCACCGCCUUUCUUCCUUCCGUGAGAAAAGCAAAUGUGGUGGUUGUAUCACCCGAUUGUCAUUUGAGGCUUUUUAAUAAGAUAGAGGCUGCUGGUGUUGGUACCUGUGGAUUUUUUCAAUAGUGCUGUUUUAGUUCUGCCAAUAUCCUUAAUACUGUGUUGACCGCGGGGGAGGAAAAGGAUCGAGUCCUUACUUUUCAGGGCUAGCUUCUCUCUACUGAGGAUCCGGGGCAUGUCUGUCCACACCCUUCCCUCCCAUAGCCGACCCGGGCUGGGACUGUACGAGGUUAGGCCCCGCACCUGGGUAUACUUGCACUUUUGAGACCCGAAGCUAACCAUCUUGUGAGUGCCAAUGUGUAGUUCAGGAAAACUGACAUUGAAACAAGGUCCUUAAGAUCUCGGAAAGCAAGUUCCUUUAGCGAAAAGGCUGAAGGCAGAGAUUGACAAAAGGGUUGUUAAAUUUCACUGUCUGACGUCAUCACUGUUGCAAAAGGUAAGCACAUUUAGAAUUGUGUUCUCAACAGUCAACUGAUUCAUGUUACUUCCACAAAAUAUGUGAAUUUGCUGCUUCUGAGAGGCAAUGUGAAAGAGGAAGUAUUACUUUUAUGUACAAAGUUAUUUAUUUAUAGAAAUUUUGGUACAAUGUACAUUGAAAAACAUGUAAAAUAUUGAAGUGUCUAACAAACGGUGUUGCAGUGUCUUUAAUAAAGGUUCAUUUAUAAACGUU